AUGACGGGAAAGAUAAAUGAUCGGCUCAACAUGUUGAAGGUUAUUAGUGGCACCAGAAAUGGAGUGAAUCCGGAGACUCUAAUAGAUGUAUACCAGGCUCUUAUUCGAAGUGUCAUAGAAUACGGAUGUACUGUCACCAAUAAUGCUUGCAAAACGAACAAAAAUAGACUGGUGGUAUCAAAUAACCAGUGUCUUAGGAAGAUAACCGGAUGUACGAAAUCUACACCGCUGAAUACGUUAAUUGCAUUAGCCAGACAAGAACCACUUGAAACACGCCAGGAGUAUUUGACAGCAAAGUUCAUUACGAAAUGUUUUACCAAAAAUAACCUGAUAGCGAACCAGCUGAAGCAAAUAAACCAGGAGGCUGAUGAGGAGAAGCUGUCAUAUAUGGAAAAAGUCUACCUGAAGCACAAGAAAAUAAUUGAAAAGGUAAUGACAAACGUAAGUGAAAGACAAAUUCAGGUCGAAGUGCAAUCUACCAUGGAUGGAAUGGAUACAGCCAAAAGAAAUUGUAAUCCUCUACAACUUAGGCAACUCGCUAUUCAGACUAUCAACGGAAAAUGGGAAAACAGGCCUAAAAUGUACACUGACGCUUCAAAAAUGAAAGGACUCUGCGGAAUCGGUGUAUACGACGAAGGAACAGGAGCCAGAUAUUGUUACAGACUGGAAAUGGAAUCAAGCAUCACCUCGGCGGAAAUAAGUGCCAUUGAAACAGCUUUAGACGUGAUAGACCUGCAGGAAAAACAAGAUUAUGUAAUAUUAACGGAUUCAAGAUCUGCAUGUGAAAUGCUAUCUAUAGCUAUGGAAACGAAAAAUAGGCCAGCAGUACUGAACGGAAUCCUGGAAAAGGCUGAAAAAUGGAGUGUAAGCUUCCAGUGGAUUCCUGGACAUGCAAGGAUAACAGGAAAUGAGCUGGCCGACUUUUUGGCAAAGUCUGGAACCAGUGAUACAGCAGAGAGAAGAAACAAUCAAAUUUUUGAAAAAGAUGCAUUUCUAUUAUUUAAACACUGGAGAAAACAAACAGCUACAGAAUGGUAUAAAACGUAUGCAGAGGAGAAAGGAAAAAAAUAUUAUCAGAUACAGCAAGAACUCGGCGAGACACCGUGGCACUAUGGAAAAGGAUUCAACAACGCGGAAACAAGACUGUUGAAUAGAUUGGUUGCAGGGCACGAUUUCUCCCCACACUGGCUGGCGAUAAUGAAAAUUGUGCACCAAGGCUCCGGUGAAAUUUGUGACGAAGAAAAUACUGCUGAACACAUUAUCCUAAACUGUGAAACAUUGGAUUAA